AUGCUCGAGAUCGUCGCGUCUUCUACAGAGAAGGCAACAUGGAAGAAGGACAAGACGACGUCUUCUGCUUCGCACGUAUAUGCCGCCUUUAUGGAGAAAUGCCACUUCUGCCAAGGUGAGCAUUUCAUACUACGUUGUGCCGAUUUCAAAGCAAAACUGCCACACGAACGCAAACAGUUUGUUGAGGCCAAGAGCAUGUGCUAUAAUUACCUUGGUGCACACAAACUCGCAAGCUGCAAAUCAAGCAAACGAUGCCUAACUUGCAGCGGGCAUCACUGUACGCUGCUGCACAAGAAUCCUGCCACUACAGUGCAUCUUGCAUCUUCUGCAUGGCUUGCUACACUCACGAAAGGGAAUCGCGUAUCCUGUCAUUGGAUGGCAUCGCCAGACUCUCCAAACACUACGCUGUUGCCUACUGCGCUCGUCCAAAUUCAAGGCCCAGACGGACGCACACUCAUCGCUCGUGCCAUGCUCGACAACUCCUCUCAGCGAUCCUUUGUUGCAAAGAGCCUGCUAAGUAAACUUCGCCAGGAAUAUGAAGAGGCCAGCAUGGAGGUCAUUGGCAUCGGUGGCAUCAAGACUCCACGAGUUCAUGGAAAAACUUACCUUACUCUCGCUUCCAUGGUUAGUGACGGGAAGCUCACGUGCGAAGCUCUAGUGCUCUCGCUCAUAUCCAGCUACAGGUCAGAAAACUUCAAGCUUCCAGGUGACUGGAAGUAUCUACAGGGUUUGGAUCUUGCAGACAACUUUCGAGCCGAUCUGACGAAAAUCGAGUUGCUGCUAGGAGCUGAUGUGCUUCCACGAGUUCUUCAAGAGGGCUUUCGCAUCGGACUACCUGGGACACCCAUGGCUCAGCGCACCAUAUUCGACUGGACGCUUUCUGGUCCAUUACAUUAUUAA